GUCCGGUUGAAAGUUCUGGAGACGCGCAACUGGGUCAGCGGUGACCAUACAGGACGGACCCGAACCGGACCGGAACCGGACCGAUGGUGUUAGUUUCCAGCUCAAACGGACGACACGAGCCGCUUCAGUUUCGGAAAUAACGACAAAGGAUCAGCAAACAAACAAGUUUAGUUUUCUUUUGAGUUUUUUUUUCCUGUGGACUUAUUUUGUGUGAAACUUUUAUUGAGACAACAAGAAACGCUAUAUUAUUUUUAAUUACCUACCAGCUGACGGACAGGUUGCGCAACUGUGAAGAAACCAAUACGUCACUGUUCUCCCAGUAGCCCACUGACUGGUCCCAGUUCAGCUUGGGGAGAGGAUUAGUGGUUUUUAACUAUCUGACCCUACAGCAACACAAAAAGACUAACAGGUGACCCAGCUGUACAGGGACUUUACUGGGUUUCUACUGGUUUCCUGUUCACCUGCAGUCACACAAGUCAUAGAUGAGUAUGAGCGUGGCUACGACCAGGGGUCAGGUGUGUCUGAAGAGGCUGUUGACUGAGCCACACCAUCAGUUACCAAAAUGUAAACAAGCUCGUCUGGACCCACCUCCUCCCUCCACCGGCCUAUCGGCUUACCUCAGCCCCGCUGAUCCAGCCCCCAAACCCAGUCCGAAGCAGCCCCCGCCCAGAGUCGGGCCCUACCUCCUUUAUGAAAGCUGUGAGAAGGAGGAGACGUACAGGGCCAUGCACACGGGCACUCAGCAGCAGUACACCUGCCAGGUCCUCCCUCUACGUGGUUACCUGGAACGACUGGCAGCCUACGACCGCAUCGAUCAACAUGAGAAUAUCUGCAGCCUGCAGGAUGUGGUCGUCAGGCAAGACAACGUGUAUGUCUUCCUGCCUGGUCACCACGGUGACAUGCACGCGUACGUACGCAGCAGAAAGCACCUGGAUGAAGAAGAGGCGGGACGUCUGUUCGCUCAAAUGCUGGGUGCCGUGACCCACUGCCAUCAGCAUGGAGUCAUCCUGAGAGACCUGAAGCUGCGCCGGUUCGUCUUCACGGACAAGUACAGGACUCGUCUCGCCCUGCUUGGCCUGAACGACAGUGUGCUUCUGCACGGUGACCUUGACGAUGACUCUUUAAUGGACAGACAUGGCUGUCCAGCUUACGUCGGCCCCGAGCUGCUGACCAAUGGGAACAGGUGUUAUUCUGGUCGUGCGGCAGACAUCUGGAGUCUGGGCGUGUCUCUGUACACCAUGCUGAUUGGACGAUACCCUUUCCAAGACACGCAGCCUGCUGCGCUGUUCGCCAAAAUCCGCCGGGGGGUUUUCAGUCUGCCCAACUGGCUGUCGCCACAGGCCAAGUGCUUGAUUGGCUGCAUGCUGAGAAAGGAGCCCGCUGAGAGACUGAAGGCCAUAGAGUUGCUGAUGCACCCAUGGCUGACCAAUCCCCAUGUGCAGCGUCACAACUCGCACAAAACGCAUCACAACCAAAACGCAAUUCAGAAUAAACAGGAGGACACUGACCAAGUGGUGCCAACAUGGACUGAAAAACACUAACACACACACACACAUACACGUUUUAUGUGUGAGAACCUGCAGUGAUACACUGCCUGGCCAAAAGUGAACUUUUAGUGUAGUUACACGAACAAUUGGCCGUGGCAUCAUUAACUUUCCGUGGAUGAAGGAAAAGGUGGAAGGUGUUGACCAGUGAAAAGUCUAGGUUCAACUUCAUGCUUUUAGUUGGUCCUAAUGCUACAAAGCUGUUUACCCACAAUGCCUUGGGUAGUUUUAGUGUUCAUGUGGAAAUGCAGUUCUAAUGUUAACUUUGGAUUAUUUCACAAAGUGUUUUUUCUGGCUACCAAAGAAGAUGAUUGUUUCUUUAUACUUUGACGAGUUUAUUAGUGCGUGGAUGGCUCUGGAAGGUGUGGAACACUGGAAACCAUUUUUAUUGAUUUUCUCAGAUUCUAAUGAGUCACUCUGAGUGUUUCAUGCAGGCUGAACAUGAAAUAGUCUCCUACACCUAUCUCCUGCAUUAGCUUGAUAGAAAACAGACGGUGAAACUCUAGGAUUAGAAAAGCCUGACAGAUCUACAUCACACUGUCACUCAAUAUUCAUGGACUCACCCAUCUUGACUCACGACGAGGAAGGCUGUUGUUGGUUUAGCGUCCAGGAAACAGCAGAGAAUGUAUUGAAAGGAGAAAAUCUGUCAAUCCUCACAGCCAGCUGGACAUGAAGUUUCAGUGUAACCUUCCUUCCAAAAUGACUGACACAUUACUGUUUUGGCAUUUUUUUCACUAUAUUCUUACACACUGCACCUUUAAAAGUGGGAUUGAGCAGUGGAAUGCUUUUUUGUAUUUUAGUUCAAUUCGAGUUUAUUUAUAUAACGCCAAAUCACGACAAGAGUCGUCUCAAGGCACUUCACAUAGUUAACGUUCCAAUUCAGGUCAGUUCAUUAAACCAAUCAGUAUAAAGUUUCCCAUAUAAGGAACCCUGCAGGUUGCAUCAAGUCACUGACUAGUGUAAGAGUCUUUACAGCAAUCCUCAUACUAAGCAAUCAUUUAGCGACAGUGGAGAGGAAAACUCCCUUUUAACAGGAAGAAACCUCCAGAGGAUCCUGGCUCAGUAUAAGCAGCCAUCCACCAUGACUCACUGGGGAUGGAGACCAAGCGCGCGCGCCCUCACACACACGGGCACGCACGCACACACACACGGUUCAAUCCAAACUAAUUUUUAGCCAGGUAAUGUAAACAGAACCAUUUCGAUUGUUCUCCAAUACGAUUCAGAGUGAAAGAAUUUGCAUUUCACUGUCAAAAGUCUCACAAACGUUCUUAUUCAUGAAGUGAUCAACUCUACCAACUGUAUAAUCCUGGAUUACUUGAACCUCAUGUGCCUUCCUUUGUAUUGGUCUAAACUCACAAGCCCCUGUCCCAGACAGCAGGGUGUCUGUAUAACGUGUGUUGAUUUUGUUUUUUAAAUCAUUUUUGCUCCAGAGGACUCCCAGGAAUCACUAGCAGUAGCAACUUCCACAAGUUGGAGUGUUCAAGGUCCCUUUAUCUAAUGUAGAAAUCGCCCAUAAAUCAGCAGCUCAGAGUGGCUGAAAUUGGGCGACACUUUCCUCUCAGAAAGUCAUCAGCAGUGGAAAAACAGGAGAAGGUACCGGACUUCAGUUUAACACAAGUUUGUUUUGUUAAGAUUAAUGUUGUGAUUUGUCUGAUAUCUCAGGAUCAUGACGACUUGGUCAUUCAAAUUUUCCACGACACAUUUUCGUGUGUGUGUGAACUGAACCGUUUUCUUACAUAACAAUCACGUCUUUUGUCAGACCUAAAUUAUAAAUCUGCACAAACUAGACCGGACUCUUUGUGACUCACAUUUGGGUCAGCAGACGUAAGUUAGUCAUUUAAAAAUGGCAACGCCGGUGUGAGCACGAUCCUGCGAUUCCCAUCAGAUAUUUUUAUUUUACUCUUUUUAAUCUAAAUAAUCACAUCAGACUUGUAGCCUUUGAGCAGAAUGCUUCUCUGCUGUACGGUGCAAUUCAGGCCUCAGACUGGUCAGUAAAUAAAUACAAGCAUUAAAAAGUUAUUUGUGUUACUUCCUUGUGCAUCACAUGUUAACUUUACACCUUUUUUUUAAAUUAAAUGUUUUAAACCUAUCCAGUUAUAGAAUUAGAUCAAUACUCUGAUUGGCCAGUUUUUUAUUUGAAAUUCUGUUUUUUUUGUACAGAACACAGAAAAAAAAAAUCUAAACGGUGUUGACUUCUGCAGAAGGAUGGCAGUGUUUUUUUUAGUGUGGAUGGAUCUGGUUAUGGUUCAGAUACGGUCGAGAGGUAAGAAACUUGUCAUCUAUCGUUCUGAUGAAAUCAUAAAGACAAGCUGCAAUGUUUAUUAUGUCAAUAAAAUAAUUACUAGCAGCCUCA